AUGGCCGACCUCGACGACGCCAUGCAGCUGCCCACAGCAGCCAGCAGCAGCGCCGCGCACGACGUCGACCUCAGCGACGAGACGCAGGACUUCCGCUUCCUGAGCGCGCUAUCCACCGCCGAAAACGGCACCACCAAGCUCCCGCGCCGCGGCGAAAAGGACUUCGAGCCGCACGCGACGGCCCUGCAGUCCAGCGCGCUGGCCUCGUCGCGCGCCGCCAUGCACGCCGCCAUCUCCUGCCCGCGCGUCCACAACCCCAAGAACCACAUCCGCGCGACGUACGACGCGGGCGCGAACAUGGCGUGGGUGGACAGUGUGAAGGGGCAGGUGUUCCGCACCAUGGGCAGGGUUGUCGGCGGCCGCAUGUGGCUGCUGCCCGAGGAGGCGCUGUAUCUGCUCGAGCGCGGGUCGCUGGACAUAAGGUGGCCUGCUGGGGACGGCGACGAGGACGGAGGUGAAAGUGGAGAUGACGAAGAGCAUGUGGACGCAAAAGACGGCCUCCCCAUGAGUCUGCAAGGCGCCUACGCGGCCUUCAUCGGCCUCGAGCCCCAGCUCGGCGGCAAGCUGACGCUGGAGCGCUACAUCGUGUACGCGGGCCUGAAGCGCGCGGGGUACAUCGUGACGCGCGCCGACGGCUGGGACGGGGCCAAGACGCUGGACACGACGCACGGCAACGCGGGCGGGGGCACCAGCAGCGGCGUCUUUGCCGGGCUAUGGAAGAUCCUGCGCGGAGGAGCCACCAAGGCUUCGUCCGCGGCGGCGGUUGCGGGCCCGUUGGUUGCGCCGGGCUUGUAUCGCAAGUAUU